UUAAUAAAGUUUUAUUUAAAUACUUAUAAAUAAAUGGUGCAUACUGUCAUGAGAAUGUAUAAUUCAUUUUUGUUUUUUAUACUAAGACAUAAUGAUAACUUGUAGAGUAUUAUGUUUGAAAUCUUCGCUAAAUUAUAUAUGCAAUUAAAAUCAUAAUCUAAGAGAAUCACGUACCACAUAUAAAAAGAUCAAUGUGUAAUAUCUUAGGCUAGGCAUCACUUAAGUAUGUGUGUUCGUGAAGUUUGCUAUUGAUAUAAACAGAAGAAACGAUUUAUUAGCCAUUAUAUUCCUUAAAAUGGUCUUGUUAGUUGCAAUAGAGAAACAAAGGAUCCUUAAGCCUUUUCUAGGUGGGUGGCGACAUAAAAUUACUGGAAUAAAAUAUGUAAAUGCAACUUCUCAAACUGGACCUUUGCCAAAGCGGGAGUGGAAAGACACUCGGAGCAGAGCAGUGCAAUGUGUGCAAACGAAAGACGAAGAAACACAAUCACUGCGUCAUUGUGCAACACAAAUGUGGCGAGAUGACUGUUACAUACCUAACGAAGCAGAUAAAUAUAUGACCGUGAAAUUUUAUGAAAGUUAUGCUGAAAUGCAGCUUAAUUUAGAUCGGCAUGCACGUAUAAUUCAACGAAAUUACCGAGCAUAUAGAUUGAAGAAACGUAUUAAAGAAUGCGCUCAAGCUAAUCGCAACAUGCUUUAUAAACGUCAAAGAUACAAAGAAGAGAAAAUCAAUGCACACAAAUUACGACAUAAACAAAAUAUUCUUCGUCAAAUGUAUCCACGUUCAAGAGCAGACUUUGAUAUGCUUUAUAGUUUGAUCGAAACAUGGAGAACCGAUCGUUUGAAAGAUAUAAAAUCACGGCUAAAAGAGGCGGAUCAGCAUGCUGAGAAUUACAAAAUCUUAGAAAAGACAGUAGAGAUGUUUAAUCACAUCGAUAAACAUAAACAAGCAAUCAAGUUUUCUUAUAGGAAACAAAGAGCUCUUAGAUUUUUAACAGUAAAUUGCAGGCCGAUACGAUGGCACGGUUAUAAGGGCAAACUUGUGGAGAUGAUCACUAUAAGAAUUCAAAAGGCUCGAGAAUUUAAAAAAUUCUAUGAUGUAUUGAGCAACCAUAACGUUAGUUUAGAAGAACGGAUGAAGUUAUUGAUAACAUUAAAAAAAUCGAUUGCAGAGCAUAAUUGUAUCGAGGCUCUUGAUUUGUUGUAUUUGUUGGAUCAAGAGAUCGUGUUGUUAAAUCGAAAGAUUGCGAGUUUAUUAUCACUCGCUUAUUUAAAUGAAAGAAUAGCGCAUACUUACUUGAAUUUUAUAAGAAUAUAUGGUAUUUGCGGUUGCAAAUGUAUCACUGAAAUUUCUAAAGACAACGAAUUGCGAGAGCCUCUAGAAAUAAAUACUAAAUUUUGUUGGGCUUGUUUAAAGCUUCUCCCUUACCACAAAUUUGUACCACAUACUAAAAUGAAAAAACUAUCAGUUUGCAUUAACUGCAGUUCUCUAAGUCAACGUAAUAUUGCGCACGUGAAUUAUGAUCCUUAUAUGUGUAUAUUAAAUUACGUGCAAGCUGAAGAGGAACGUCUUGGCAGCACUUCUAUUUUGGCAUUUAUAAUACAAGAGCACGAUAUUUAUCAUUUGGUUAAUCACAUUUGGCAUAAUCAAUCAGUAGUUAGCAAAACUAAAGAUAUUGUUCUUUUGAGAAUGGUCAGAUAUCUGAAGGACGUUGAAUGGGCGCCUUGGAAUUGUAUUCUUCUGACAAAAGACGAAGCUGAUAUACAUCAUUGCACUAAUGAUCUUGCAACAAUAUAUUCAAAACGCUUGAUAAAUCAGAUUACUUGGAGACAUCAGAUUGCAAAGAAUUAUUUUAAACAACUAAUUGUUUUUGAAAAAGAUUUCCGAGAAACUUGUCAUUUUUCAAAAAUUCAAAGUGAGAUAAAGAAUAAACCGUCAGUAACAAUGGAGAAUUACGGUUCACCUAAAAAAUACAAACUAUGAGAAGAUAUUGCGUUACGCUACAUUUCGCGCGUGAAUAUAAACUUCGAUUAAAACUCCGUCCCUUUAUAAUAUAUAUUUUAACAUCAAUUCAACUUAAAUGUAUCAAAUUACUGAUAUCAUGAAUUAUAUAGUGGUAUGGCGGUCAGAAAUUUAAUAAACUUUUAUUAUAUAAAAGUUUUAUUCUUUCCCCAUCGGAUUUUUACUAUAUUUUAUUCUGAAUAUUGUCCAAAUAAAAUGUGUAGUUUAUCUACACAUAUAAAGAGAGAAACAGCAAAACAUUGUAAAGAGAGAAACAGCAAAAUAAAACAGAUGAAACAAAAGCCUUCAAAAAUUGGAUAUGAUUUUA